AUGCCGAAGACCGCUUUGGAUAACUGUAGCAACACCUUGUCACGAACCGUCUUUGCCCAUUCUGUAUCUGCCUCCAGAGAUAAUGAACGUGCAGAUGCCAAAUCCCUGGUUGCGUCGAUUUUGAUCCAAUUACUCAAAAGCGACGUUACAGAAAGGCCUGAGCAUCAAUAUAUACUUGACGAUAUGACGAAUCUCUGCUUUCCAAAGCAGCAUAUCGAUGAGAUUCCGUUCGAAAAACUCCACUUCAUCUUUGCUCGCAUCCUAGGAAGGAUUAGACAUUACACCCUAAUCAUUGAUGGACUGGACGAAUGUGUCGACUUGGGCAACGUCAAAACUCUCGCGGACGACCUCAUCCAGCAAAGCUCUUUGGACAAUUCACAGAUCAUCAUUUUUUCCAGAAAGCACGACAAUCUGAGACAGUUUAUGUCCAACUCGUCCGUUCUCGAAAUAAGCACCGAAAUUACCAUGCCUGAUAUCAAACUGUUUAUUGCAGCCAAGAUAGCAGAGAUCCCGUCGUUGAAGCGAAUUGAGAUGGAAAUAUACACCAAAAUUGACGAAAGAUGCCAGGGAAUGUUUCUAUGGGCGGUUCAAAUGAUUGAGUAUCUCACUUUUCCGUCUCCGAGGUCUCAAUGGCAACAAAGAAAGCGACUUGAAGAGGUCCCACGAGGGCUCUUCGAAAUCUUUGAGCAACUAGUAGCGAUCCAGGGUGAGAAACUGACAAAGUCAGACUUGAAGCUGAGGAGAACGAUUUUUCAGCUCAUUGUGGCCGCUAAAAGACCCCUCAAAAUCGAAGAGAUUGAUGCUGCUUUGCAAUUUCGGGGGAGACAGCGAGUCGAAGAAAUUCAUCGCCUUUUCAAUGCCAGGCAGACGGUGGUGGAUCUCUGUUCGCCGUUUGUAUGUAUCGCCAAAGACAGCGUAGCUUUGGCCCACGGUUCCUACCAAAACUUCUUGCUGGAGCCAGAGAGAAACAAUAUUCCCGAAGUCCUAUCGGUUCACCAAACAAAAGAGAGUUCAAACGCGUCCCUAGCUUACAAAUGUCUUAGUUUACUCUGCGAAGACCCAAAUAAAUCUCCACGGCGUAUAUCACACUGGCUGUAUAAAGGUUUCACCCUAGAGACCAGCUGCGAUGCUUCCCAGAACAAAGAUCGUGUAGAAGCCCUUCGGGAGAUUGUAUUUUAUGAGUAUGCAGCCAGGUACUGGGACUUCCAUCUCACUUCGGUGAGCAAUCCUUCUAAGGAGCUGCUACAACUUUUCAACGACUUUCUUCACGGUUUCGAAUUUGUAAUGUGGUCAGAAUACUUGAUAGAUUUCUCUGGGACAAUCGGGCGCGUCUCUAGGGUGUACGGAGGUCUCGAGUCUUGGUUGAAAGGAUUGCCGUGUAGCUCUCGAGACCUCGUUUCGUUGGAUGCCUUCUUUUCCGGUCCGUAUGCCAAACUCAGUGACUUCUACGAGAAGGAUGGUAAAGAUAAGCUACUGAAGUAUCUUUGCUUGUAUCGCUUGGGUGACUUCUAUCAAUCGCAAGGGGAUAUUGAGCCCCAAUACAAGGUCCGAAAAGAAGUAGCUGAUGGUCUUGAGGGCAUCCUUGGCGAAGAGAAUCCCCUCACCCUAAGAGCUAAGGUCACGUUAGCAUUCAUAUAUACCAACAAAGGUGAACUGAUCAAAGCUCUCAAUAUUUGUCUUGAGGUCAGUAUAAUACAAAAGGAUGUUAUAGGCAUGGACAGACAAGAAUACUGGGAGACUCGCCAAGAAAUCGGGUUGAUUCAAUUUCUCAUGACUGACUUUGAAAGCGCUGCUAUAACUCAAGCUGCGGUCAUCGUUGGCCUUGAAGACAUAGAAGGAGCCCAGUUACUCCUUUUUGAAAGUUAUAUCUUUGAUGGAUAUGUGAAAGAGGCCCAAGGCCUUCUGUCAGCGGCAAUGGACGCAUAUAGACAUGUUCGGAACAGCAAGACCUUGGCACCAAAUGAUGGACAUGCCCUGUAUGCUCGUGUGUGCAUGGCAUCUAUCUAUCGUAAAGAGGAGAAAUACAAGCAGGCAGCGGAGGACCUCGAAUUCGUGUUUGCAGAACGCUCGGCGAAAUACAAGGACAAGAACAAGAUCGACAAUUCCUUGGUGAUAGACACUGCAAUCCAUCUGAUUGUUCUAUACCGCGAGAUGCGCAACCUCGACCAGGCAAAUGCUCAAAUCGAGCUCAUUUCAGGCUCCAAGAUAUUGAGAAAUGAUUUUGAGAGAUACUGUCAAGUUGAGCAUCUAAGAGCACUUGUCUCUUUUGACGAGGGGGAUUUUGAAGCAACGCGUGAGAUAUUACAGUCGUUACUGGAUCUACAGGAAGGCAAAGGUCGGGAAGCUAAUAACCGAUCUCUCUUAUGGGUGCGUCUAACACUUGCGACGGUCAUAAGAGAACUCGGAAGGGAUGAAGAGGUGGAAACACUGUUUCUUGAUAUUGUUACUGCAUUGCACGAUGGUAACACCAGUCCACAAUACGAGAAUAUCCGACCUUUUCGGGAGCUUACGGUUGCUGAGGAGGCGUUACGAUUGGUGCGAAGCAGAAAGCAGGAGGAUGCGGAUGUCUUGCUAAGGAAGGAAAAAUUGCGAUGGACGAGGAAAGCUGACUUUUGGCUUUUUGAAGGUGGCCCGUCAGCAGAUACUGCGUGGAUGAAAGGUCCAUGA